AUGACUAGUGACACUGUCCAACCCAAGGCUCUGGGCCGGCUCCUCGAGGCAGUCGAGGCCAGGUAUCCGGGUCACGUGGCGGUACAGUCGCCCGGCCAAACGGAUCAUCUGGGUCUUGGUGUCAAGAGUCCCUCGACUAGCCCGCAGCCCGUGAGCUGGACCUUCUCAGACCUUCGACGUGGCAGUACUCAACUUGCCUCACGCUUGCGAGGCGACGGAGUCCAACCCGGCAGUCGCAUCGCGACUUUCCUAAACAACCAGGCCGAAUGGGCGCUCCUUUUCUGGACCAGCGUGCGCAUGGGAUGCCGGUUUGUACCGCUGGACCCGAGGGUCCUCGGACAGCCCGCCAUUGUGUCCCAUCUCCUGCGAAGCAUCGACGCUGCUGCCAUAUUCGUGGGGACCGUGGAGAUUGCCCGACAAGUCGACGAGACAUUGACCAAAGAAGGAAAGCCGCUGCCGGUCUCCGCGUAUCUGGUCUCGUCGCUUGCGGAGGAUGAACUGCUGCCUGCUAACUGGAGGACCUUAGGAAGCGUCAUGGUAGGAGCUGAGAUGGAGGAAUCGGAGGUGAGCAUCGAGAAAAUUGACCUAGAGCCGGGCGAUACCAUCUUGAUCCUAGCCACGAGCGGUACCACAGCAUUGCCGAAGCUAUGUCCUCACACGUCCAUCACGCUGCGUGCCGCCGCACAGGUCUGCCAGCCUUUGCGAAUCGAUGCCGAAUCUUCGCUGUGCCAGCAACUUCCUAACUUCCAUAUCUUCGGCAUCUUCCUGAACCUGGCAUUUUGGCUGGCCGCGGGUAGGCUGAUCGUCCCCAGCCGCACGUUCGAUCCCCAGGCCACGUUGAAAAUAGUGGCAUCAAAUCGAAAGGUUCACCUUCCCUGCGUCCCAUCGAUGUUGCAAGCAUUAAGAUUGCAGGUCUCGAAGGCAGGAGAGAGGCAAGGUUCUGGACCGUACGCAAUAAUCAUUGGGGGCGCUGUCAUAACGGUGGAGGCUUUGGUGACUGCCAAGAUGCUGCAGCCGCAGAUGAUAUUUGUGGGGUAUGGGGCAACCGAAGCCGUGGUGGCUCCGCUUCACCAGCUCGACGAAGGGUGUGUUAAUAUGACCGGCCAUCCCGUCCCGAUCGCCAAGGUAGACUCGGAAGAAGCCGAUGUGCGCGUAUGUGAGCCGGGAUCGCGAACACCCCUGCCCCGCGGGCAACCCGGGGAAAUACACCAGGGAGGACUCGGAGUGAUCGAGGGAUACCUUGGUACCGACGAAGACAAGAGCUCGGACUUUUUUGAGGAAAGUGGAAAGAAAUGGAAGGCGAUGGGGGAUCAAGGAAUCAUUAACAGCGACGGUCACGUCUACGUUUUCGGGAGGUGUGAUGAUAUCAUUAUCCGCGGAGGAGAGAACAUCUCACCUUUAGCAAUCGAAGAGUGCCUUUUGACGAUCCCAGAAAUCGACGAUGCCGCCGUGGUGGGAGUUCCGGACCCCGUGGCCGGCGAAGUGCCCGUUGCCAUCGUGCGACGGAGAAUGCCAGGCAUCGUCCCGGUGAAAAGGCUUCAAGCCGUCGUAGCGAAUCGACUGGGCCGUGCUUUCUCUCCAACUCUGAUUCUGGACAUACGAACCGACCUGAGUCGGGAUAGCUUUCCAACGACGGCGACUGGAAAGGUUCAGAGGAAAUCGCUGAAGGAAUUGGCGUUGGGUCAUAUUCGACAUUUAACGACCCUCAAAAAGGUGCGCCUGUCAAGCGACCUGACGAAGGAGAUCACGGGCUCUUGGGCGACGGUGACCGGUUUAGCCGAAGAAGACAUUGACCCCGAAGCUCCGGUCACGACCUUCGCGGAUAGUAUCAUGCUGAUGCAGUUCCUGAAUCAGGCCCAGGUCCAAGGAUGGAGGAUCACGCGGGAGGACAUGGCCGAGUUGCAGACGGUUCGAGCGCAGAUCGAAUUUAUAACCGACCAGAAGUUGGGCAAGGAGGGUGGUAGCGUCUUGAGUGUCUUGAGUCGAUGA